CAUACUUCAUAUCGGGCCAUGAGUGAUGGCGAUGUCUGCAGAGGCUUGCAGUACCACCGGUACGCAGAGCAACACUCGUAAGAAAGGCUUCGGCGCACCGGAUCGCAAUGGGUAUGUGAAAACACGCGUCACCCCGCGGUGCAGAGACCCGGACUGUGAAGCGUGGCUCAGGCUGAUGUUUAACAAACUCUGGAGUUCCCAGAGGGUCCGGAGGGCUGCGUGCGUUGGCUCGCUCUCCGUCUUCCUCGCCGCUCUGGUCAAAUGCGCAGGCUGGACAGCUGAGGCCAGCAGCAGCAGCAGCAGCGCUGACAACACACUCUCGCCCUCACCGUCCCCCCUCCACUUUGUUUCAGACUGCGCAGCCGAGCUGUUGCAAACUUGCUGGAGUGCGCUGUCGUUGCUGUUUGCGCUCGUAUGUGCCUUCUUAUGGGUCGGCGUGUACUUGAUCCACUGCGGGGUGCUGAUCGAGACCCUCCUCUCCCUCCUGACCUUGUGUCACCUGGGCGAAGUGGCGGCGUGGGCUCUACUGGACGGGACAGAUGAGCAGCUGUUCUUGUCCGCCACAGCGGCCGGGGUUGUGCUCCUUUGCGCGGUCGCGGGAGUACUCAUGGUAGUUCGGUUGAACCAGGGCACAUCGGUGAUCGUUCUCAUCAGCGUGGCCAGGACUAUCUCGCUCCUCUCGCUGCACAAAGUGCGAGCCGCCUGGAGACCGUACGUGGCGUACCUGGUCGGAGUGCUGGGCAUCCUGCUGGCGAGGUAUGCUGACAGGCUCCUGCCUAAACAAGGGACACACAAGGAGGGCUGCAACCCCGUGACUGGAGCCAGGGAAGAGAUUCCUGUAUUUAAAAGGCGCAGGAGGUCCAGUUCAGUUAUAGCCUCAGACAUGGCACACAGUCAGUCCAACAGUAAGACACACCGACGGACCUCUCUGCCAUGCAUCCAGAGGGACCAGAUGCUUUCCCGUUCAGAAUGGGACCACAAGAGAGGCUCCCGAGGAUCACAGUCCUCCGGCACGACUGUGAUGGUGGACAUAGCGGUGAUGGGAGAGGCCCACGGACUGAUCACAGACCUCCUGGCCGACCCCUCUCUGCCGUCCCACACCUGCACGUCGCUGCGAGCCGUCAGCAGCCUCCUAACCACCCAGCUCACCUUCCAGCCGCUUCACCGGCCGCGCCCCGCCCCCCUGCUCAUCCCCUGCGAUGCCUACACCUGUUCUGACUCAGAAGAGGGACCCGAGAAAGGGGAGAAGACGUCGAUACACAAGCGUCUCAGGCGGAGUCUCCACCCUGGCCUUCUGAGGAGGAUUUCUUCCACAUGGACGACCACCACCUCAGCCACAGGACUGCCCACCAUCGAGCCUGGGCCUGUUCGAAGGGACCGCAGCUCCAGCAUCAAACCGUACCAUGAAUCACUCACAUGCAGUUGUGGGAGACCGUACAUCAGGCUGACCCACGGAGAGGGCUCUAUAGAUAAGGGAGACAGGACACCACGAACAGAGGACCCUGUAGUUGUGUCAUCAGACUACGACAGCACCCACGAAGCCAACCACAGUGACAGCAGUGAUGUAGCACAAACAGAGGACACAGAAAAGGGGAAAAACCCCUCCCAGAAUGUCAUCCUCCAUGCACUAAUACCUCCUGAAGACAAACCCAUUCUGGCACAAGAGCCAUUACUAAUGGAAGACCUGGAGCCUUUAAUGAGUCAAUUAAAUAAUUGGAACUUUCCUAUUUUCACUCUAAUGGAGAAGACAAAUGGAAAAUGUGGGAGGAUCCUUAGUCAGGUGUCUUACAGGCUCUUUGAGGACACUGGCCUGUUCGAGACCUUUAAGAUCCCCGUUAAAGAGUUCAUGAACUACUUCCAUGCUCUCGAGAGCGGCUACAGAGACAUACCAUAUCACAACAGGAUCCACGCCACAGAUGUGCUUCAUGCGGUCUGGUACCUCACCACGCAGCCUGUGCCUGGUCUACCCAGCCUCAUUAAUGAUCACAGCUCAGCCAGUGACUCAGACUCUGACAGUGGGAUAACACACAGUCACAUGGGCUUCCUGGUUUCAAAGACCUACACUGUGUCAGAAGAUGGAUAUGGCUGUCUGUCUGGCCUCAUACCCGCUCUGGAGCUGAUGGCACUUUACGUAGCUGCUGCAAUGCAUGACUACGAUCAUCCUGGGAGAACAAAUGCUUUCCUCGUGGCCACCAGCGCCCCUCAGGCAGUGCUCUACAACGAUCGCUCGGUCCUGGAAAAUCACCACGCCGCCUCUGCCUGGAACCUCUUCAUGUCACACCCAGACUACAACUUCCUGGUCAACCUGGACCACGUGGAGUUCAAACGCUUCAGGUUCCUGGUCAUCGAGGCCAUCCUGGCAACGGACCUCAAGAAGCACUUUGACUUCCUGGCUGAGUUCAAUGCCAAGGUGGGCGAUGAUCCGUCAACAGGUGUUGACUGGUCUAAUGAGAAUGACAGGUUACUGGUGUGCCAGAUGUGCAUUAAGCUGGCAGACAUCAACGGGCCUUUAAAGUGCAAGGAUCUACAUCUGCAGUGGACCGAGGGCAUUGUCAACGAGUUCUAUGAACAGGGCGAUGAGGAGUCCAGCCUGGGGCUUCCUGUCAGCCCCUUCAUGGAUCGAGCAGCACCGCAGCUGGCCAAGCUUCAGGAAUCGUUCAUCACGCACAUCGUCGGACCGCUCUGUAACUCCUACGACUCGGCUGGCCUCAUACCUGGACGGUGGGUGGAGCCAGAGCCUGAGGAGGAGGAGCCAGAGAUCGCUGAAAGCGAGGAGCCAGAUGAAGACGGAUCCACUUGCUCUGACGCAUCGCAAAAAGCAGCUCCCAAGAAAAGGAGGAAAGUAUUUUGCCAGAUCACACAGCACCUGCUGGAAAAUCACAAGAUGUGGAAGAAAGUGAUAGAAGAGGAAUCCCAGAAUGAGGAGCAAGGAACAGAGUCCGCCCAUUUCAACAAAGUCGCUGAGCCGAUUCUGGCUAUUGAUGAAGAAGAGGAGGAGUCGGGCAGCAGGGAAGAGCAAGUGGAAGGAGAGCAUUGUGAGGAGGAGACAGAGAAAGCAGAGUGGCACGUCUCUGACAGGGACGACUCUCAGACUCCAGAGGAGGGAGGGGACAGCGAACCACAGUGAAACCUCUAAACUCCAGACACCCUCAGAUAGAGACUCAGCAUCAGUCAGGAUAAGGAUGUAAAGAAAUGUUCCUUUUGACCUUAUCCUACUGACUCCUGUUUCUGCCAGCACAUUACUUAGACACAACACUGUAGAUGUUUGGGAAACGCGUGCCUACAGAGAAGAGAAAACAAAACAAACAAACAGGGUGGGAAAUUUUGUGCUUUACAUAUUUAAUCUGAAUAUGUGGUUUUACCAAACAUUUAUAUGGGUUUUUCUUUUCCCACAUUGCAAUAAUACAUUAUUCAUGGACUUUGAGAUACAGACUAUUUUCCUACUGUCAGGAGUUGAAGACAAGCAGUUGCAUAGGUUUUAACAAAGUGUGGUAACACAGGACUGCAGAAAUUUGCUGCCAAUUUAUGCAGAAUUAUUUCCCGAAUGUGAUUAUAUAUAAACGUCACCAUCACAUGCUUGUGUUUUGAUUGUAGCUCAACUUUUUUGGUUUAAACUGUGCUAGCUUAUGUUAUUUUAUUUUAUUUUUUUAUCCACACAUGGAUUGUAAAAGGACUGAUUUACACAAUAAUCUUCUUCCUUUCAACUCUUGACAGAAAUAAUCCCUCACUUGUGGGUUUUAGCACCCAAAGUCAAAUAUCUAUAAAUAUUAUGUUUGAUGUUUAUUGCCAAAUGAGGUACUUAAUGCCGUCAUGUAGAGAUACGUCUCAGAAACGCAGAGACAGCUCUGAAAUGUCUCUUUGCGUUGGCAUUUGUGUGUUCCUCAGUUUUUACUCUAAUGUACACAUUUGUUCUCCAGAAUGCAGAGGGGGGAAAAAAGUCAGAUUAUUCCAUUUUUAAACUACAGUAAACCUGAUGUCAAAGACACAACUGUUUUACAGCAUUGCCUGUCAAGAGUAUUCAUACGCCUUUAACUGUUUCCUACCACGAUGAAAAACUCGCUUUGGUGAGACCAAAGUUAAACUUGAAUUAAACAUGCAAAACACUAUUUGUGAGAGGAAAAAGUAAAGCUGCAAUGCCAGCCUGAAUCCCAUCCACAUAGUGCAACAAAUAAUGGUGGCAGCAUCAUGCUGUGAGCCAUUUUAGUCCUCCAUUAGUUAAGGAAGUCAUGAAAAGAUGAAUAGAAAAACAGUAUUCUUGGGAAUGGGACUAAACUGUUACAAUCUAGCCAGAGCCAAACUAAAAUGGUUUAAGUCAAACACAUCCGAGCCAAAAAUCCGAAGAGAAUAUCUGACAAGACUCAAACAUUGCUGUUCAUAGAUGUUCUUUAACCUAUCUGAUGGAGAAAGAGGAAUUGGAAAAGGAGAUUCUACAAAACAUGGACUGGAAUUCAAUACAGGUUAAAAGCACAUUUUUCUCAUUUUUAAUUACGCAAAAAAAAAGAAAAUUCAGUGAAAUUUGUGACCAUAAUUAAUAGAUUAAAUCUUAACCAUAGAAAAGAAAUGCUGUACAUUUCAACACGUUGCUGAAAACAAGACAGUAAUUGUAUGACAAUAAAAACAUUUUUUACACAGAAUUUUUUUUUUCUGUAGAAAAUUUUUUAUAUAUUUUUUUGUUGUUUUUAAUUUUAGAGAAAAAAAUGACAGGAUAACAAUCUCUUAAUUAAGUGAGCUGUCACAAACAAGAUCUAAAUUCAGUCACAUUGUUGCCAGAUAUUAAUAAUCCUUGGGAGAUUUUUCACCAAAGCUGUUCCAGAUCUUGUCCAGAGCCAGAACCAGUUUCAGUUCUGAUUUUCCACAGCCAGAGAAACAGCUUUGUUCUGCUUUGCUAUGCCACAAAAAGUCUGUAGAGGACCACAGUGCAGUGAGUAACUUAAACUAUGUUAGUCACAUAAUAUAUCUCUGUACCCCUGCAAUUAAAUCCCCAAUGUCCCUAACCUAAGAGAUAAACAUUGUUUUAACCAAGUCAUGUACUGUAGUUGUGAACUUUGGCUCUCUGAUCUACAGUUGUGAAUUACACACUGCCUUUAAAAGAGAACUCAUCAAAAAUUACCUUUUGUAAGUCACACACAACAUAGAUCAGCAAAUUGUGAAACCGUGUUUGCCAGUGCAAAUAGCGAUGGUGAACAAAACGCAAGCAUUGUAUUGACUCACAUGUGACUCCAUGAUGCGCGAUAGCAAAACUAAAAGCUGAAAGAUGACUCAAGAUGUUCAAAUGCUUGUUCAGUCUUAGAUUCAUGUCAAAGUUUAGAUCUGAAACCUGAAGUAAGUUUGGAGUUUUUACUUGGCCCAAUUAAGUGUAAGUCCAAGUGUCACUUAUCUUAGACAGCACCAGAGUUUUGGAGCCGGAAACAGAAAGAGUUGGUGCUGAGUGAGCACCAGAACCGCUGUGGUGGAAAACAAGCUAAAGCUAAAGUUUAUAUUAAAAUGUUACUGAGUCAUUCUUCUGAACUGGUGUUCAGAAAUGGCUCAGCAUUUUUGGGAAGUCAUCUAGUGACCAAACUUGAACAGGAGAACACAAAAUUCUUAAAUUCUUAAUUUAAAACUUAAAGACCAAUACAAGGACUGAACCAACUAAAUUACACGUUGAAGGUUUUAUGGGAGUUGUUUGUCAUUUUUUAUUUGAUUAGAGAUGUUUACACUCUUUGAAUGGGAGUUCUUUGAAGUCUGUCAGAUUUCACUUACAGGUACUUUUAGCUUCAUCCGUCUUUUAGAUUAAUUAUGUAAUCGGACUCAAGGUGCUGAGUUUUUUGUUUUUUUUAAAGUAAAUCUUACUGACACUGGUUGUUACCCUCAGGAAAACUACAUCUGUAUCACAUUUAAAGACAAACACAAACACGUCUUUGAAAGGCAAAGAACAACUAAAGACACUUACCGUGUCUUUGUGCAGUGAAUCUGUUUGAUUCUCCUGGCACCUCAGGGACUCGUUCAUUCUCCUACAGUUCACAGCAGACAGCAUGCUGACAACACAGGCUGGUCAGAGCUUCACAGCAAACAUACGCAACAAAGUUUUAAUUGUACUUAAAGUUAAUAAAAAUCUGCUGUGGCGUCUUAUUCAGAAGAGAGCUCAGACAAAGCACAUUUUGUGUGACUAAAGCCAAGAAAUCUCAUACAGUCCAUGCAGUCUCUUAAAAUAGGCCUGAAACUUCAUUAGAAACCGUUCUACCUUGUGUAGAGAUGCUUGGACAACGUGGUUAUCUCACUUUUAGUUUUAGCACCACCAAUGUAGUGAAUUGUUUUCAUUGUCUAAGCUCACCUGGUUCUGUUGCGCAAACCCCCCAAUAAAUGUCAGGUAUUUGUCAGCUAUUUGCAUAACCUUAAAAAUUUGGUAUAAAACAUGGUUUAGUUGUAGUGAUAAUCAUGGAUGCUUCUCUUGCCUCUGUUAGGAUGCAUGUGUAUUGGGAGAAAUGGUUUCCCACCAGCAGUUGUCAGGGGAUACGAUUAUUGAAGUGAAGUGCUGUUAAAAGGCUAUAAUCAGUUAAUAUCACUUUUGGCAUAAAUCCAUUAAUGUGCUCUAAAAAUUUUUUAUAUAAAUAUUUAAAGUCAUUUAAAGACAAUGGAAACCUGUUAACAUCCGUUAAUCUGGAUUUAUAACGAAUGAUUACAUCUUUAGAGUUUUCUAAUACAGAUAACACUUUACCCUUUUAACAGAACCUCAUGUAAAAGAAAUCCUCAGCUAUCCUUUUGAGGAAAUUUUAAAAAACAAUACAUUCAUAAAUUUUAGUUUUGCUCCUGGAAUACAAGUUUUGAAAACAUUUCCCUCAAUUUAUUAUUAUUAUUAUUAUUAUUUUUUACAAAGAAGGAGCCACAACAAGCCUCCUUAAUGAAAGAAAAACAAGUAUUUAGGGAUCAAAAUUGUGGAAGACCUGUAGCUGUAAUCUGGGUGCAAAACAUAAUUUAAAGUUGAAUGGAACAACAUUUGGUAACACUUCAUUUGAAGGGGUUUGCAUAAGACUGACAUGACACCAUCAUAAAUAUGACAUGUUCAUAACAGACACCUGUUAUGAACAUG